GGAAACUUCCAUCUUCAUCCCAGGUCUCGAGUUCCAUAAACACCUCGUAAGGGCACAGAGGAAGGAGCUCAUCAGAGAGGAGAGAGAGAGUGACAGAGAAAAGAGGAAAGAAAAAGAGCAAAGCUGAGUGAGGAAAGUUUUUUAUUUUGGGCUAAGCAAUAGUGUAGAAGGGGGAAGAAAAGGAGGGAUACAGAGAAUAACUUGUUUGGUGACCUGAGAAAGUCACAUCAUUUCUGUGAAAGCACAGGCACUACUACUGUACGUCUAUUUAUAGCAUACAGUAUAAAGCAGUACUUAGGCAUAAAAUCUGCAACACACCUGGACACAGCCUGCUCAUACAGCCUUUCAGGAUACUUAGCCUGGAAAUAUUCAAAAGGACACACAAGAAUCUGCAGAAUGAAGCCCCUUGCUAUUAUUCUUCUUAUCUCCCUCUGUAAGGUCUCAUGGUCUCAGUAUUAUGAAUAUGAUUCCAACUGGUGGUUUGCCUUUUUACGUAAUCAGGAGUACAGCUAUGGGGGGCCCUCCUACCCCUCCUAUGAUUAUGAUCCAGAUCCCCCCCGCCCAUCAGUUAGUGACUGUCCCCAGGAAUGUGAGUGUCCACCAACUUUUCCAACUGCUAUGUACUGUGAUGGGCGCAACCUCCAAUAUUUACCGUAUGUUCCAACUCGAGUUAAAUAUGCUUACUUCCAAAAUAACCAAAUCAGUGCUAUUCCAGAUGGCGCUUUUGACAACGCCACUGGUCUAGUGUGGCUGGCACUGCAUGGAAACCAGAUUCUUAGUGAUAAGGUGGGCAGAAAGACCUUUUCCAAGCUUCGAGAUUUGGAGAGACUUUAUCUUCAGCACAAUAAUUUAACCCGCAUACCCAGUGGGCUGCCUCGCUCACUCCGUGAACUACACCUUUCCUACAAUCAGAUCAACAGAGUUCCUUCCAAUGCCUUGGAGGGCCUAGAAAAUCUAACUGCCCUGUACCUUCAUGAAAAUAAAAUCCAAGAGGUGGGGCAUUCAUUGAGGGGUCUGAAGUCCCUGGUGCACUUGGACCUUAGCAACAACCAACUUCGCAAAUUGCCAGAUUCACUGCCUGACUCUCUUGAACAAGUAUAUCUAGAGUACAAUCAACUGAGCUCAGUGCCAACUGACUAUUUCAAAGCUUACCCAAAGCUACAAUAUGUUAGAAUCUCACAUAACAAACUUACCAGUGAAGCGGUGUCGGGAUCCACAUUCAAUACCAGCAGCCUAGUGGAGCUGGAUCUAUCUUAUAACCAAUUGCAUCGUAUACCAUCAGUUAACAACAGACUGCAGCAUCUAUACUUGCAAGGAAAUCAGAUCGCAGAGUUCUCAAUCAAAAGUUUCUGCACGUAUUGGGACAUCACCACCUUCUCACAGCUGCAGGUUCUACGUCUGGAUGGCAACGAGAUCGAAAGUAAAGCUAUCCCACCAGACACUCCCCUGUGUCUGCGAAAUACUGAUAUCAUCCACAUGUAAUCAAUUAAAGAACAUCCUCGCCAUUUGCUUUAUCCCCUGUCUACUCCUCAGCUAGCAAGUCUCUUAUAUCCUUAAGUGACACAUGGAACUAAGGCACGAACCGCAUUAUCCUCCCCAACAGUUACCCGCCAAAGACAUGCAAUAUAUUACAGUAGUUAGCAGUGUUUUUGUCAGAUUAUUCAAAAGAAUGUCAAACUGAAUUAGUGAAAUAAAGAUAAUUGUUUCACUGUUGUGCUGGCAA